CAAAAAAAAAAAAAAUCAUUCUUGGUAUUCCCCAUGUGGACAGGAUGAAAUCCGAAACUAGAUGGCCUAGGAGUAAUGACCAGCCAUUUAAAACUUAUACCCAGAAUUUGUCUUAUUUCCCAUUUUAUUCUGGGAGUCUAAAACAUUAGCUUGGGAAUUUUUAAAAAUAGUAUACAAUAGGAACAUAUUUGUCAAAAGGCAGUGUCAUAAUUAUUUAAAUAAUUGGUAAAUGAAUGAUGCAGUGUAGCCAGAUAUCUCUCAAUCAACUUUGACUUUUCUGGGUAUUAAUGUUUUCAAAUCCAGAUAUAUAUUUUUUAAUAGUACAUAAAUAUUUCCAAUCAAUGCAUGUUACAUUUUCAUUGUUUGACUUUUUGUUUUUGACAAUAUGCAGAGUAACUAUAUAAUGAGUUUUUGCAGUAUCAAUCAAAGUCGGUCUUUACUGUGUAGCAUUCAGAAUGAAAACUGUUUUUUUCUUCUAUUUUUGGGAUAAUUGGUGUGUGUGGAUUAUUUUAUUUUUUUUACGUUGUUUUCGAUUUAAUAUUAAAGGUCAUGUUAUUCCAAGGUUCAACAGCAGGGGGAGUAAUUCCAGCAUUUUAUUUAACACUAAAAAUGGCGUUAAAGUGAAACAAAACAAAGAAUGAAAACGCAUAUAAUCAAAGUAAUAGAGCACUAUUGUUUAGGACAUUCAAUAAUUUGUGGCAAAAAAGGUGAAAUUAUGAGGUGCAAAUAUGAUUUCUACACAAAUUAUAUGGAAAAGUGUUUUCAUUUUUGUAUAAAUAUAUAAUAUCGUUAAUGUAUGUUGAUAAUUUGUUAAUAUAUAUGGGUCAGUCAUAUUUAUAUGUGCUAAAAUUACAAUUAAAGACUUGACAGUUGUGUCUUAUCAAUAUUACAGUACAUGUUAGCUUAAAAAAAAAAAAAUCAUCAAGUAGCCUGUUUAAUCUGUCAGUGGUGUUUCAUUUCUUCCGGCAUUAGUGACCACGUGGCUACACGCAUUUGCGGUCGCUGUUACCGAAAUGUGAUUGGUUCAAAGGUCUGGCUGACAUACAGAUGCCCCGCCUCUUGCUGAAACCAGUCCAGUGUGGGAGAGGAUGCUGGAACAGUCAUCUGACCAACCUCAAUCUGAUUAAAGGAAUCAUUUAAUGUUGAUUGCAGCUGAUCACCCUUGACUGCUGAUUUCUUCCUUCAAAUGGUAAGCGUUCAUCCUAUGGAGAGCUCCCUGGUUGGACACACUACACACUCGCUUAGGAGACCCGCAUCUCUGGGUAGUCUUUCAGAUCAUGCCAGGAAAGAGAAUGGGAUGAGAACCAGUACAGACAAGCGGCAUGAUAGACCACCUUUACCGAUCUUACUGGGUUAUGAAGUCAUGGAAGAAAGGGCAAAGUUUACGGUCUACAAGAUCUUGGUGAGGAGAGCGCCUGACGAGAGCUGGGUGGUUUUUCGGCGCUACACAGAUUUCUCCAGACUCAAUGACAAGCUCAAAGAGAUAUUUCCCAAAUUUAGACUCUCUCUGCCACCCAAGCGUCGCUUUAAAGACAACUAUGACAUGAAGUUCCUGGAGGAGAGACAAGUGGGCUUGCAGGCUUUCCUCCAGAAUCUGGUCGCUCAAAAAGACAUGACUAACAGUGAUUUAGUGAGAGGGUUCCUGUGCUUGGACGACCCACCUGGUCCCUUCGAUAGUCUGGAAGAGAGCAAGGCCUACUGUGAGACCCUGGAGGAGACAAACUAUCGGCUGCAGAGGGAGCUACAGGACAAGCAGCAGGAAAUCCAAUCUCUUAGACGAAUCUUGGAGGUUCGAGAGCUCCAAAUCAGCGGGCUAGAGAAAACCAAGAACAGCAUCUGCGACGAGUUAAGUGAAGUCCACGAUGUGUGUAGCGAGACCGUGAAGGUAGACGCUCACACAGAGCCUGAAACGGAAGCAGCGGGGACAGACAAUGCAGGCAACCCAGGCAGCAGUUUGGACCUCCAGUUGGCAAAGAGAAGCCACGCAGCUUGCUGGAGCGGUUCGGCCUCCGAAGACAACAAAUGUUCGAGCUUCCCCAGAUCAGCAGAUCUUAAGGACCAGGCUUAGAACUUCCAUCAUCUGCAUUCUGGAAAGAUAUAUUUGGAUUCUUGGAAAUUACUUCAACAGAUCUAAACACCUGGAGCAAAAAUGAUCUCUGGUGAUAUUUACAAGCCACAACUGUUUUUAUUUUUUUUUCUGUUCUUGGCAGAAAUAUGUUGGAGUGGUCUGAACAGCUGGGAUGAGAAAGAUCAGAACUAUUUACAAGGCGAGAAGUGAUGGCGUCUUAGAUGUUACCGAAUGCAGAUUUUGAGCAGUGCCUUUUUUAUCUUUAAAUUCACCAAACAGCAGAUUUUUAGAAGCGUACAUCUGGAGUCGGUUUUAUUUUAUUUUCUGGAGGGCUUGACUGUAUUUGGAGUGCUUUUGCGUGUGUGUGUAUGUGCACUUAAUCUAUUGCUAUUAAGGUGUAUAUUAAUUCGCUUGCAGUAAUACUGUGCAUUAUAGUUUCCAUAGUUACAGCUCGUUCAGGGAAUAAAUAGAUUUUCAAUGCUGUUCUUUAACAAAGAACAAUAUGUACAAUCAUUGAUAUGGCGAAGUUUUCUGUAAGGAGAUUUAUGGAAGGAGUCUCCACUGUCAGCGCUUUGUAACAGUCAGUAAGUUUUCCGCUACGACACUUUGACUUUACAGUUUCUCUGAAACAUCACCAAUCUCCAUCUUUUGUCUCAUUUAUAAGGGAGAGAGAAAAAAAUAUUUGUUUCACAGAUGUCCAACAACAUUAAAUGGAAAUAUAAACGGUUAAAACUAUGAUGUGUCUUUGACUAAUAAAGUAAAAUUGGUCAUUUUGGAAAAAUUGCUGCAUUUGGUACAUCACAACACCCGGUCACUGAUUAUUUUACUAUAACAGCACACACGCUCCCCACGUAUUACCCACAAUGCCAUUUGACUGCCUGCUGAUAGUGGUGCCAAUGGGACUUAGCCCUUGCUUCAUCUUUAUGUAAACUUCCAAAGCUUCAACGCUCCGAGCCGAGCCGAGUCUCUGCCGUACAGCUGCGCUGCACUGGAAAAUCCAACGUUUGGACUAAUUAUCUCCACGACACGUCUUAUUAAUGUGAUGUUGAACAUCACUAGAAAAUUGUGAGUAAAAAAAGAUGCUCUUGCUAUUUUGUUUGUAGGUGGAGCUCUUGGACUCGAGUCCAAUCACAAGAUGUUUUCUAUAUUGACGUGGACUUGUGUCUGACUUAUUGCCAUUGUAUUUAGGCAUUGUUCUCGCUAAAUAUGGUCUUGGUCUAAACUGAGAACUGUAAUGAUGGUGUUUUUACUUUUCACAUGCACAAAAGUUGACAGCAGUAAUUCUUUGUUCUAGAAAACAGCCUAAUCAAUGGCUUAGUGCACGAAUGAAGCCAAAUAGUUGUGAAAUAAAGGCUUGAAAGGGAUUUGAUGUUUUUGCACUCAAUGUUGACUUGGUCUCGCCUGCCUUAAAACAAUACAAUGCCGUUCUUGUAUACAACCAUACCAUUAUCCAUUAUGCUCGGGAU